GUGAGUUCCAGGACAGCCAGGGCUACACAGAGAAACCCUGUCUCGGAAAAAAAAAAAAAAAAGUCUCUCCAAUAAGUGCACUUGGGCACGUGGAUUCCACAUGGCAAAAUGGUAUUAAGUUUAGUCUGAGUUGUUGACUAUAUCUGUAACCUUCACCAAAUCGCAGGUUUAGUGGACAAUCAUCUCCUCACUGGUAAAAUUGGUUAUAGGGGAACCACAUGAGAUUAUCUAUUUAAAUGCCCUGCGCAGCCUAAUUACUCAAAAUGUAAUAAUACUAGCCCAGAGAGGGGCAGUGACUGUCCUGAACAUGCACAGCAUCCUCUCUCUCAUACCAAGCCAUCAUGAAUUUGUUGAUUCAGCAGACUGGCAGUCCAUGUCCUGCACUACGCUGAGGACCCGGAAUGGACACUGCUGUGGAAACCAACCUGGGCGCUGCUGGCUACGGUCCCCGCACAGAGCUCAGUGAUGAGGACUACUACCCUCAGGGCAGCUGGGACACAGUCUUUCUGGUGUCUUUGCUGCUCCUGGGACUGCCAGCCAAUGGGCUGAUGGCAUGGCUGGCUGGCUCACAGGCCCGGCACGGGGCUGGCACAAGAUUGGCCUUGCUCCUGCUCAGCCUUGCCCUCUCUGACUUCUUAUUCCUGGCAGCAGCGACUUUCCAAAUCCUGGAAAUCCAGCAUGGAGGGCAUUGGCCACUGGGCACUGCGGCCUGCCGCUUCUACUACUUCCUGUGGGGUGUGUCCUAUUCCUCCGGCCUCUUCCUGUUGACAGCGCUCAGCCUGGACCGCUGCUUGCUGGCACUGUGCCCACGAUGGUACCCCGGGCGCCGUCCAGCCCGCCUGCCCCUCUGGGUGUGUGCUGGGGUCUGGGUGCUGGCCACACUCUUCAGUGUGCCCUGGCUGGUGUUCCCUGAGGCUGCUGUCUGGUGGUAUGAUCUGGUCAUCUGCCUGGACUUCUGGGACACUGAGGAGCUGCCUCUGCGGAUGCUUGAGAUCUUGGGAGGCUUCCUGCCCUUCCUCCUGCUGCUGGUCUGCCACGUGCUCACCCAAGCCACUGCCUGCAGGACCUGUUGUGGGCAACAGCCCAGGCGCAUGGCCUGCCACGGCUUUGCCCGCGUGGCCAAGACCAUUUUGUCAGCCUAUGUGGUCCUGAGGCUACCUUAUCAGCUGGCACAGCUGCUCUAUCUGGCUUUCUUAUGGGAUGUCUACCCUGGGUACCUGCUCUGGGAAGCCCUGGUCUAUUCUGACUACCUGAUCCUGCUUAACAGCUGCCUGAGCCCCUUCCUAUGCCUGGCAGCCAGUGCUGACCUCCGGGCCCUGCUGCGCACUGUGCUCUCCUCCUUUGCAGCUGCUGUCUGUGAGGAACGACCUGGAAGCUUCACACCUGCCGAGCCCCAGACCCAGGUAGCCUCUGAGGGCUUGACUCUGCCAGGACCAACAGCCGAAAGCCAGUCAAGGUUGGAUCCCGUGGUCCAGCCUCAGCUGAAUCCUUCUGUCCAGCUACAGUCAGAUUCUGUGGUCCAGCCUGAGGUGAGCCCCUCGGUCCAGCCACAGUCAGGUUCUGUGGUCCAGCCUACGGUGGACUCCCAGAUCCAGCCACCAUUGGAUACUGUGGUUCAACUUGAGGUGAACCCUCUGACCCAGCCACAGUUGAAUCCCAUGGCUCAACCUCAAGUACAUCCCUCAACCCAACCACAGUCAAACUAUGUGGUCCAGCCUCACGUGGACUCCCUGACCCAGUCACAGGUGGAUCCUGUAGCCCUGCCACAGUCAAGCACAGAGGCCCAGACCCUUGCCUGUGAGGCUGAGUCAGCCUCUAACCCUGGUGAGGAAAACUUCCCUAGCCCAUCCCCAGAUCUCACUCCUGGGGCCCCCGAGAACCUAAACAGACCAGCUGUUCCCCAGGAAGAAAGCCCUAGCAAUGCAUCCCCCAAAGAAGCCCCCAGUGCAGGACCUACUUGAGUGGCAGGAAGCCCAGGCCUGCCAGGGCAGUAGAAAAAUCAGAGAGUCAAUGAAGCAUCUGGGCAGAGGUGGGAACGUGAAGAAACCCAGCAGUGAGAACCCCAUUGAGUCCCUUGAGUCUGCUGGGAAGGCUGAGGGGAAGUGAAACCAGUCAGCCGAAAGUCCCAGGCAGGGUGUUGUGAGUGUCUCCACCCUGGUCUCAACAGGCUUUUCCAUUACCACCCCAAUCACAUAUAGCCACCCAACACCCUUGAGCCACUGAAGAUGGUCCUGCUGGGUUCUAUU